CCCAUUGUCAUUGGAGACUGCAGUUCUGUUAGGCUGUGGUGAGUGUUGCCAGCCACACUGACAGCAUGAAGGGACAGCGCAGAAUGGAGGACUGACCCUCACCACUGGGAUAUCAUGACCCAUUUCUUCAGUCGUCACAUUUGUUAGUCAGACAGUUACCGUAAGCUCAGCUCUGUCUGCUGUGGUGUCUUGUUUACCCGUCGGCUCUUAUCACAUUGGUGCCUGGAGAAAUGCAGAGAAUAAGUUCUUUGAAAAGUGGCUGGCAGCUGCUGAAGUCAAGCUGUGAGGGAGCAGCAAAACAAGUCAACACCUCGCCUUCGACCUCAAGAAAUUAUAGUCAUGUUCAUCCCCAGGGCCCCAACUCCUUUCGGGCUUCUCUUUGAUAUUGAUGGGGUGCUGGUGCGAGGCAGGACACCAAUCCCUGCGGCCAAGCAGUGCUUCAGGAAUCUGGUGGACCGCAAUGGGAAAUACAAGGUGCCUGUGGUGUUUGUCACCAACGCUGGGAACUGCAUGAGGCAGACGAAAGCUGAGCAUCUGUCACAUAUGCUUGAGGUGGAGGUGUCUCCAGACCAGGUGAUGCUCUCCCACAGUCCUUUGCGAAUGUUCACCCAGUUUCACAAAAUGUGUGUGCUGGUGUCAGGGCAGGGCCCUGUGGAGGAGGUCGCUCACAACCUGGGCUUCCAAGAUGUUGUUACUAUUGAUAUGCUCAGAGAGGCAUAUCCUCUUCUAGAUGUUGUGGAUCACAACAGACGGCCCAAAGGCAGCAUUCCACCCACCAAAGGUUUACGGCCAAUAGACGCUGUUAUCUUAUUUGGCGAGCCAAUCAGAUGGGAGACAAACCUCCAGCUUAUCGUUGACGUGCUCCUAACAAAUGGGAGCCCAGACAAUAACUGGGGGACGCAGUACCCUCACAUCCCAGUCCUGGCCUGUAACAUGGACCUGCUGUGGAUGGCCGAGGCGAAGAACCCCAGGUUUGGUCAUGGUAUGUUCCUGGUGUGUUUAGAGAGUCUGUACAAGAAAGUCACAGGCUAUGAGCUGAAGUACGAGGCUCUGAUCGGUAAACCCAGCGUGGUGACUUACAACUACGCUGAGCUGCUGAUCAGACAGCAGGCUGAGAAACUAGGCUGGACCACACCUGUGAAGAGGCUGUAUGCAAUAGGCGAUAAUCCCAUGGCUGACAUAUACGGCGCCAAUCUCUACAACCACUACCUCCAGGCCUCUCACUCCACCAAGGCCCAGAAGCAGGCUAAGAGUGGCGGAGUGGCAGAAACUGUUGACAGUGCCCCCAAAAUGACAUCAGCAGAGCUAGGCGGAGCAUCCAGUGUUUACGGGGCAGAGGAGGACCUCCCUGAAGGGUGCAGCUCCAUCCUGGUGUGCACAGGAGUGUACAGCAGGGACCAGCAGGAGCUGCCCUCAGACACGUCACAAACGGUCACUGAGCAGCAUAUCUUCCACGGCCACCGGGACUUCCGCUUUGACCCCAGCCUCAUGCAGCCGUCCUUCGUGGUGCAGGACGUAAAGGAGGCGGUGGAGCUGGUGUUCCAGCAGGAGGGCUGGCCUCUGGAGUAAGACGAUCCUCUUAAACUCUGGCUCUAUCUCACAGCCUGGUAUUAGCAGAAGCUUUGUGGGAGUUUUUUGUUGUUUUUUUUUAAAUCUAAGCCCCUGUCACAAGGCAGAUUUAGCUGUUACUGUGGCUAGGUCUUAUAGAUUUUCGAUAAAGUGCCAUAGAAUCAGCUGUGAAAAGCAACAAUAUGCAGUUUUAACACCAAGUAUAGGAAAGUUACAGACAUUUUAAGUCGGCCAUGCAUGGUAGUGUGUCACAGACUGCUGCACUAUUUUUUUAUAUUUUUCACAAACAAGACACACACAAUUACACACACUUCACUGUUUCUCACCACCUACUGCAUAUACAUAUAUAUGUGUAUAUAUAUAUAUACAUAUAUAUACAUAUAUAUAUAGUCUAGGUGUUGGGUUACAUGCAUUUUUACUACACAGACAUAUAAUGUAUGUAAGUUCAUGAGAGCUGAGACAUAGUUCAAAUAUAAUUACACCUUAAGCUGCAUAGCGUUAAUACUGGCCCUGUGAAGAUAGUUGUGUUGGUUUAUCUCUGACAAUACAUAUUGUCCAGAUAAAGAUAGUUUUUAUACUUUGCACAAUAGUCCAUUAACUGGGUCAUCUUGCCUUUCUAAAAUAUACAACCCCCCUCCCCCAGCAGGUCUUAACUAGACCAGUUCUGCUGUUUGUUUUUACUGCUAUCAUAUUUCAGCUCGAUUUUUAAGCUAGGGUGAAUAUGUAACCACUAAUGCUGAGGAGAUUAAUUUGCCAGUUUAAAGUUUAGCACCUCAUCUGUUCAGAUCUUAAUCAGGAGUAUGACAAUUUUUAUAAAUGUAGUCUUAUUUUUGCGGAACUUACAGAAUUAAGUACCACAGUUUCCACAGAAAUGAAAAGUUUCCUGUCAAGUGGUUGUAGUUGUGAAAAUUCUAUGAAUGGUCAAUGUAAAUGUUUUUGGGAGAAAAUAUUUAAUGACAAUGGCAGCACCAGCAAAAUGUCAUGUCGUGCUGGUUUGUUAUAUUUGUAAAAUGACAGGUUUAGCUAAUGUAUAAUUUGCAGGCGACUUCAGUUGCAGGUUAAAGCCGUGGAACUGUGUAAUGUACUGUAAAAGCCAUACUAUAUGACAAUUAAAAAGGAUAUAAAAUC